GGGUCCAAAAAAGAUCCCGCAGAAAUGAGCCAAUCUCACCCCUCUGGAUUACUUGCAGCAUAUAAUAGUCUUACCGACAAACACCUGGCUGGAUAUUUUAACAAUACGAGGAUAAGGCAACAUCUCUUAAGAUCAGGGCUGAUCACAAGAAGUGGAAGAAUACUUUCUGAAAAAGAAUACAAACUAAAUAUCAUGAAGAAGGAUCACCAAAAAUAUAUCCGGCAGUGCUUAGCCCAGGCUAUUUUCCAUAAGGUCCUCGAUAUGGAGCGUUACCAUCAGCUUGAAAUUAAAAAGAAACUGGAGACCUUAGCAAGAAAGGAGCGAAUUCAGAGGUUUAAGGGGGAGCCCAUAAGGUGGCCAAUGGAAAAAGGCAAGCCAGUACUGAACCCCCACCCACCAGUGGGCCCAAAGACUAACCGUGGCCGUGGUGUUCUGGUCGCUGAAGGGCAUUCCAGUCCAAUAACACUGACAGCCCCUAGACCAUACACUGCCCCAGGAAUUAUGCAGCCUCCGAUUCGAUUACAGCCUCUUCCCAGUAAUCCUGCCACAGGAACUGUUCCAAAGGUCACUCCGGGCUCCAGAUCAAAAACCUCACCGCUGGAAAAUGCAGCUCCGUUUCCCACUGGGGGCAAGAAGGCGAUGAUGAGGUUCAGGAGCUCCAUGGACAAUUCACAUGGAGGGAAUCAAUAUCGACUCCUGAACGCUAACAAUUACAUGAUGCCUAUUCCUCCUCCACCUCCUCCCCCGAAUGGAAAAAUCACGAGGGAAAAUAGAUCUGAAACAUGGAGAAGGAGAAGAUUUCGUCCAACCACUGCUCCAAAUGGCUUAGAACCAGUCUUUGCCAGGGAUUCAAGAAGGAUUAAUAAAACACCAUUGCAUAGUAAUGCAAUUAUUACAAUGAUCUACUUGGGGAAAACUGUGCACCUAUCUUAUAAUCACCCAAACUUCACGGAUGAAGUAAAAGUUUAUCAACAGCACUGUGGUGGGGAAAACCUUUGUGUCUACAAAGGCAACCUACUUGAAAAAGAGACCUUUCAGUUUAUUUCCAAGAGGCACCAUGGUUUCCCCUUCAGCCUCACCUUUUACCUGAACGGGAUGCAGGUGAACAGGUUAAGCUCCUGCUGUGAAUAUAAACAUCGGAAAAGUUCCAGGCUUGGAGGCAAACGAGGCUACUUUGGGUUUGUGUGCGUGGAGAGAUCGUCCCCUUGCUACAAGUGCAUUAUUGCAACGGGCCUUGACAAAAAAACAGCUUCACCAGAACUUAGGAAACAAAAAAGUCUUGAGAAAAGAGAGGAACUGAAGAAGGGUGAGGGGAAACUGAGGAAGGACAGAGCAUACAUGAUACCAAGAAGGAACGAGAUGGAGGGGAGCAGAACCUCUGCUUCAGUCCUUUAUUCAGCCGAGGAAUUAAAAACAGGGGUUGAAGAAGUGAGAACUGCUUUGGAAGAAAUGGAACGUAAAGAAACAUACCAUGUUUGGGAAGAUGACCAGGAAAAUAUAUUUAAAUAUGAAUAUGAAGAAGAUUUUGAAGUAGACGAGGAGAAACAAGGUGAGAAAGUGAAUAAAGAAGGACAGGCUGAUGAUCAAAUAAAUGCAAUGUCAAAGUCACCCUCGGACAGUGAAAAAAAUAAUUUAGACCCUGGAAACAGGAGUAGACGCUCGUCACGGAAGGUACCAGGUGCUGGUGACGGUGUGACAGAUGAGGAUGAUGGACGCUCGGAGAGUGAUGUGGACGAGGAUAAACAAGAUAUAAAAACUACAUCGUCCUCCUCAUCCAGAAGUCACCCAUAUUCUAGUUGCAGUGAAGACGACUCUGCCCCAAGGGACAGGGAAGUCUGUGCUGAAAACAAAAGUGUCAGAAGCUCAUCUUCUCAGGAGUUUAGUGAAAAUGACGAGCUAGGAAACCCCCACUUUCCAGCUGAAGAUUCCUUAAAAAUUGAAAUUGAAGAUCAAAAAAUAAUAAAAGUAGAUGUGGAGACCAAGCCUCUGCGAAGAGAGAAGAGCUUGGAAAAUGUUCUUGAAGAAGAAACAAAGAAAGGAACCCAAGUGAUCACAGAGGGCUUAUCUGAGAAGUCCUGGGAGCAGGUUUCCAAGGAAGAGGAGGAAAAUUAUAGGAGUAAGCUUCGGAAAGAAAGCACUGCUAAGGUGAAGGACAAAAGGGCAGGUCUCUUUAGGGUGGAGAAAGGUGUUGGGCAGAUAGUAGGUGACGCUGUGGACGCUGGCUGCCCCGGCCCCUGCGAUGCUGGGUCUGGCGUUAGCAGCACAGAUGACGGGGAGAAACUCUUGACCGAGCCGGAGAUUGACCCAGGUGCAGCACCGGAUAGGAAGUCAGUGGUGGAGGAAAGCACAGCCCCGAACUCGGACAGGGAAUCCACGCCAGCUGCCUCAGAAAUGGACACACCAGAAAAGGAAGAAGCAGAGGAAGAAGAUGGGGUUCCCCAGCGCCGGGAUGCGGACCCCGUUGAAGCACUGUGGGGAAGAGCAGGGGUUACUGAGUUUCCCUGGAGGGCGCGGAAGCCAGCGGCACUGUUCACAGAGGGGGGAGAGAGCCCCGGGGGCCCAGCCAGCAGGGCAGAGGCAGGGGCAGGGACAGGGGCAGGGGCAGGAGGGGACAGAGAGCUGGACGAGGGUGGGUUGACCCCAGUGGGGAAAGAGGCAGCAGGAGCCUCUGGAGGUCUGCAUGGAGAAGGGGCUCCUGAACCACAGGCCUGGACGCAGACAGAGCUGGAGGCAGGGGCGGCUUGGGGAGGGGGCCGGGGUUCAGGGACAGCAGUGUUUGCAGGCAGGGCCGCAGCUCCCAGCUCGGGGUGUGUUCAGGAGGCAGCCGCCCUGCCAGAGGCUGCGGUGCUGGAGCAGGGGGAGCCUCAGGGGGGGCUGGCUGUGAGUGAGGCUGGGUCUGCAAAGCCAGACGUGGAGGACAGGGAAGGGGGAGCGUCCACAGACGUAGCGGGAGCCGAGGAGGACACUGCGCUGGAGAGAGAGGAUGGCCCAGGAGAGGCCAUGCUGGGGGGACAGGACCCAGCCAAAGCCAGGAAGGCCGCUACAGCACCGGGAACACCUCUGAGCCCCCCAAGCCCCGAGAGGGCCGAGAUGCCCAGGGCCUCGGAGGAAGGCCUGGAAGGACCUGGUGAGAAAGAGGAGCAAAGGAAGGAGGUGGAGGCUGAGGUAGAAUCUAAAAGGGAAGAUGAUAGGGAAGAAACUCCACCUGAGGAGUCAGACCUGGAGAGAGAGGGGAGGGAAGCCGAGAGGCCGAACACCCCCCCGGGGGCGACUGCAGCCCAGGGCCAGGAGGUGGCGAGGGCAAGGGCUGGCCAGGGGGAAGCCACUGAGGAAGAACAGAAGUUUAGAGGGGAAGCGGGGGGAACUGUGAAGGCAGGCAGGCCCGAGGAGGAGACACCAGGGCCCCCGCACGAAACGGAGUGUGAGGUUGGGAAGGAGGCGCCCACGGAGGCCCCUGGAUGGACGGAGGCCACGGGGCCGCGAGGGGCAGAGCCCCCGAGAGAGCCGGGGGGCGCAGUGCUGGAACCGUCCCGGGGGCGCACAGGCGCUGUGGCGGGGGAGGGGGGAGGCGUGAGAGGAGCUGCAGACACCGGGCCUCAAGGCCCAGCGGGGCCGCCCUGCGGGGAGAACGGGGAGCCGGCGGCUCCCUCAGAGCGGGGCGAGGGGCCAGGCCCCCAGGGCGAGGCUGUGCCUCCCGGGAGCGACCCCGCAGGGCAGGAGCGGGCCGCCGAGGUGCCCGGCACAGCCCCGGGCCAGGCCCAGGCCCAGGCGCCUGCAGCCCAAGGUCAAGAUGUCCCAGCAGGACUGGAAAGCAGGGGCAAAGAAGGGUCAUUACAAGAGCGUCCAGGAAUGGGGGCCGACACGAUGACCCUAGAAGACAUGUCCGAGGGGGGGCCCGUGCGGGCGGGAACGUGGAGUGAGGCGGCCGGGGCUGAGGCCCCAGAGGGGCAGGGGGGUGAGGAGCGCGCCCCCGGGCACCGGCCCCUGCAGGGCGAGGCGGCUGUGGCCCAGGGAGGGCUCCGGGGAGGAGCGGUGGCAGACACAGCCCCCGAGGCGACAGCGGUGCUGCCAGAGGCGAAGACAGUGGAGGGAGAGGCAGAAGCAAAGGCAGCCGCCUCCUCUUCAGAUGCUGCUGACCUGGACCAAAAGGGAGGGGAAGCCGACGCCAGUCCGCGGGCAGAGUUAACGGGAGAGGAGGCAGGGGUGGGGUGCCCUGGUGGGGGGCCGGACUCAGGUGAGGCUGAAGAGUUCAGACUAGGGUUAACCCAAGAGACAGAGUCAGAGCAGAGUAGAAAGAGCCUACAGGAUGCGGAAAUACUCCCUGUAAAUGCCGAUUGUCCUGGAACCCAAGAGAAGCAAGAGUAUACCCUGCAAAGAAAAAGUGAGAACGCAGAUGUCUCCCUGAACCACAAGAAGGCCUAAGCGACUUCAUGGCAGAUGGGCCUGGAAGGAGCAAUACAGAGGAGAGGGUGCCACAGGGACCUGCCACAGAAG